CCUCUGAUACACACACACACGCACACGCACACAUUUACACGCACACACACACACAGUAACUGCCGAUGCCAGAGCCUGCGCUCUCAGCUCAAGCCCUCUUAAAGCUGUUUUUCUGCUGGAGAUCAGCGAGAGCUAACGACACGCAGCUGCCUCCGCGGAAGAAGACAGAAGGACAAGUGGAGGUGAACAGAAGGAGGUGAAACGAGGACAGGAAGGAGGAGAGGAUGAGCACGGAGGAAACAAAACCACCAUCAGCCGCUUAACUCGUGUCUCCGGCGGUCCGGCGCAGUCAUUCUUCUGCAGGGAGCGUUCUCGGCUGUAUAGUUCAGGACUUUUUUUUUUGUGUGAGCUCGGGGGUUGGAAAGGAAAGAAGGGUCGGAGUUCACAUGACAUAAUCGGAGUGAAUGGGUUGCCAUGGUGACUCACCCAGGGAGCCUGACCUGUGCAGAGUGAAUGGAGGGAGCGCCUCGCACGCCAAGUGAACGCUGCACUAAAAGAGGGAGAGAAAGAGGAGAGCGAAGGAGCCGUGGAUAACAGAGGAGCGGAGCAGAGGUCGAGAAUGGAGGACGGCUUCUCCAGCUACAGCAGCUUGUACGACACCUCAUCGCUGCUCCAGUUCUGCAACGCAACCAGAGGAAGAGCAGCGAGGGAUUUUCCAACCCCUUGCUUCAGAGUCAGCAUACUCAUGGAAAAAAGCCUCUUGGUGAGCCAGCGGGCAGAAGAUACCAUUUAUGACAGCGCGUCAGCAGCCGGCAGUAUGGAGGUCACCGACCGCAUCGCCUCCCUGGAGCAGAGGGUCCAGAUGCAGGAGGACGAGAUCCAGCUGCUGAAGUCGGCUCUGGCCGACGUGGUGCGAAGGCUCAACGUGUCCGAGGAGCAGCAGGCCAUGGGCUCACGCAGAGGACCCACCAAAGCCAGGCCGAUGAUUGCCACCCUGCCCUUACGGCCCUCCGUAAACAACGGGGCCCUUCUCCCAAAGAAAGGCAGCGGCACUCUGCCCUCCCCAUCCGGCUCCGGAUCGAGGAAGGACAGCAGCACUGCAGCCUGCAAGAGUUUGUUGUCUCUGACUCGCUCUUCCAGAUUUCUCUACCUGCCCCUCAGCACUGUGAGGAGAGCCAACUCAAACGAACAUGUGGGAACUCUGAGCCGGAAGGAUUCGGGCGACUCCAAGGGCAACCGAACUCGUGCCGGAUCCACCGGCAGCAAUUCCAGCGGCAAAAGAAGUGACGGCAAGCAGAGGGAUCCAGUGUUCAAUGCAGGGAUGCGACGUGUGACCCACUGCAAAGAGGAAGGUUAUGUGAAAAUGUUCUUGAAAGGUCGCCCCAUCACCAUGCACAUGCCCAAAGACCAGGUGGACCGCUACUGCCUGGAGGCCAAAGCCGACCUGCCCAGCAACAAACUCAAACUGGACUGGGUUUAUGGUUACCGCGGCCGAGACUGUCGCUCCAAUCUUUACCUGUUGCCCACUGGAGAAACGGUGUACUUCAUCGCCUCCGUGGUCGUCCUGUUCAACGUGGACGAGCAGCUGCAGCGACACUACACCGGACACACGGAUGACAUCAAAUGCCUGGCUGUCCACCCUGAUAAAAUCACCAUAGCAACCGGUCAGGUGGCGGGCACCUCUUCGGACGGAAGACUGGCUCCUCAUGUGCGUGUGUGGGACUCUGUUAGCCUCAACACGCUCCAUGUUCUCGGUGCUGGCUUCUUCGACCGAGCCUUGGUCUGCCUGGCUUUCUCCAAGUCGAAUGGAGGGAAUACAUUGUGCGUCGUGGACGACUCCAAUGACCACGUCCUCUCCGUCUGGGACUGGCAGAGAGAGGACCGACUGGCCGAGGUCAAGUGCUCCAACGAGUCGGUGUUCGCUGCAGACUUUCACCCGACAGACAGCAACAUCGUAGUGACCUGCGGCAAAUCCCAUCUCUACUUCUGGAACCUGGAGAAAGGCGUGCUGGUCAAGAAGCAAGGACUGUUUGAGAAACAAGAGAAGCCAAAGUUUGUGUUGUGCGUGAUCUUCGCAGAGAACGGAGACGCCAUCACAGGAGACUCGAGUGGGAACAUCCUGGUGUGGGGAAAAGGCACGAACCGCAUCAGCCACGCGGUCCAAGGAGCUCACGAGGGCAGCGUCUUCGCCCUGUGCAUGCUGAGGAACGGCACGCUGGUAUCCGGAGGUAAAGACCGCAGGCUCGUCUCCUGGGACGGGAGCUACCAGCAGAUUCAAAUGGUGGAGGUGCCUGAGUUGUUUGGUCCAAUCAGGACCAUCGCAGAGGGCCGAGGGGAGUCGGUGCUCAUCGGCACCACCAAACACUUUGUUUUGCAAGGCAGUUUGGACGGAGAGUUCAUCCCUAUUACACAGGGUCACACUGAUGAGUUGUGGGGUUUGGCGGUCCACCCUUGCAAGCCUCAGUUCCUCACCUGUGGCUAUGACCGACAGGUCUGCCUGUGGGACUCGAGUUCCCAUCAGCUCGUCUGGACCAAGAGUAUGGAAGAUGCUGCCCAAUCAGCAGGCUUCCACCCAUCUGGAGCUGUGGUUGCCAUAGGAACCCACAGUGGCAGGUGGCUGGUGCUGGACUCUGACUCUAAGGAUCUGGUCACAGUGCACACGGACGGGAAUGAACAGCUGUCUGCUGUGUGCUACGGGCCAGAUGGUAACUUCUUGGCCAUCGGUUCCCACGACAACUACAUCUAUAUCUACGCCGUGGCAGAAAACGGGAGGAAGUACAGCCGAGUUGGGAAGUGCUCGGGUCACUCUAGUUUCAUCACCCAUCUGGACUGGUCACUGGACUCCCAGUACCUGGUGUCAAACUCAGGGGACUAUGAGAUCCUGUAUUGGAUCCCAUCAGUGUGUAAACAGGUGGUCAGUGUGGAGACCACCAGAGACAUCGAGUGGGCCACCCACACCUGCACUCUGGGCUUCCAGGUCUUUGGCUUGUGGCCCGACGGCUCAGAUGGCACCGACAUCAACGCCGCCUGCAGGUCCAGGGAUAAAAGCCUCCUGGUUACCGGAGAUGACUUUGGGAAAGUCCACCUAUUCUCAUACCCGUGUUCCCAGUUCAGGGCUCCCAGCCAUGUGUAUGGUGGCCACAGCAGUCACGUGACCAACGUGACCUUCCUGUAUGACGAUGGCUACCUGGUGUCAACUGGAGGGAAGGACAUGAGCGUGAUGCAGUGGAGGAUCAUCUGAGCGAGCCGGCAGAAGCCGACGCUGUUGUUUUAUCACUGCUCCUGGGGCCUGAAGCCCAGCCGGCGCAAACUGAACUGAACUGAACUUAAAUUAACUCGUGAGCUAAAAAAAAAAAAAGGUGGGUCUUCUGAACUGAAGGGAAUUGACAGAAGAGGAACUCAACGUUUUCUUUCUGAUCUGCUCUCGGAUCCCCAAUGGGACGAACUGUUGGAGGUGUUUUGUGCAAUUGCUUGAAAUGCAAAAAUCUUGUUUUCUUUUAUCACACUAAAAAAGUCUCUCACAUGCUGUCGCCAAGUCCCCAACGACCCGAGUAGAAACAAAACAGAUCCGACUAAACGGAACCAAAGGCUCUGACUUUCUGACUGCAUCUGCAGAGUUUCAGUGUUCCUGUGUUGUGGACACUCCCCACAGAUGAUGGACUGAAGAGGUCCAUCACUGGCUGGAGAUCCAAGAGCAUUGGAACAAAAACUGUGUACGGAAAGAAAGAACAGAGGGAUUUUCUAAUUGUUGAACUUUUGUGUAUUUUGUAUUUAACAACUCAGGAAAGCACUAGUAAAGCAGAACUCGUCUCUUUUAUUAACAUUCACAUAUCAGAAUGAGCCCUAAACACAGAUCACUAAAACAUACAGAGAGGUAUCAACUACGGUUAAUAUCAGAUUCAACUGUUGUCCAACCAUUAUUGAUUUAUUUGCAUUGACUACUUCUGAAUGAAAACUACCAAUACAGUCGUGAUGAUCAUUAGAUACAGCGAGGUUCAGCCAGAUGCUACCCACCAUUUGAAACUAUCGUCCUUUCAGGGCAAUGAACAUCAGUUAGGAUUUAAACUUGUUUUUUUACAAUACAAUAUCUCAACACAUUCUACAUUUUUGUGGCACAGUUUCUAUUAUUUAUUGAUUUAAGAGUCAAGUCUUUCACUUCCAAUUUCAGUUUGAGUUUUUCCCUGGAAUACUUCUCUGUUUAGUCCCACAUGUGUACAUUAAUAAGAGGCUUGGAGCAGCUAAUGAGCCAAAUGUAGGUGAUAAAGUGUUCAAAGCGUCUCCGAUCUUUGGAACGGGUUGUUGUGUCUUUCCUUUGUCUCACUCAAGGAAAAUCAAAAGCAAACAUGUUUUGUUUUUUUAAUUUUCAAAGAUGUGAAGCCUUUUAAAAUAAGCUUAUAUCUGCAUUUUUCUGCACCGGGAUCAGUUUAGGAAGGAGAAGGAUGAGACCGUUACACUGUACCUGUUUACGUCUGAUGUGCUGCAGCUGCGCUCCAUCAGUCACUGGCAAGUUAUUUAACUGAAAUGUAAUGUAAUUUUUAUAUAAUGCACUGCUUCAGAACGCUAAACAUACAGCAGGUCGACUUACCUGCACAAUAGAAAAGCAAAUUCCCAUUUAGUACUCACCGGAGCUUUUCACAGACCAAUGACGUCUGUUUUAAAUGUGCCCAGCUGUGUCGUGUCCGUAAACCUACUGUACAUCACACCCCUCUCAUCUCACUGUCAAUACUAAGACAAUAUGACACACAUGCAUGAAUAUACCUGAUUAUUUUGACACGGGCUUCAGCAGAUUUAUUAGACCAUAACUGCCACUGAUGGAGGCGUGUUGGUGUUGUUUUGAAAGCCUGAUUGUUGGAGUUGUGUGAACAGGAAAGCCACUAACAUCUAUCAGCAGUGACAUAGUUAGCACUCUAACAGGAUUUCGCUUCGCCAUUAAACACCUGAGGCUGCAGAACGCCAUUGAACCUUUUACAAUGUCUGAAAGUAAAUGCAACAUGAAAUCCC